AUGUUGCCUGUUGGCAGUCCUGGAGGUUACUGUAUGAUUGAAAUAGCUGCAGAAGGAAAUCCUCCUGUACAACACCAAGUCUUUCUGUCAUAUCAGGUGUCUCAGAGCACCUUUGGGUCCACAUUCCUUGGAAGUGUUCCUGCUCAGGCUGAGGUUCCUCAGUGUGCAGGGAGGAUUCAUGGCUACAGAGGCUGCAUAAAGGAUUUUCAAGUUAACAAUAAAGAGUUAUUCAUCAUAGAUGAGGCCUUAAGUGGGAAGAACAUUGAAAACUGCAAUGUCCCUGUAUGUGAUUAUCAUCCAUGCCGUAAUGGUGGUUCCUGCAAAAGUGAUACAGAAAAUUGGUUCUGUGACUGCCCUAGAUUCUACUCUGGAAAGCUUUGCCAGUUCACAACUUGUGAUGAGAAUCCAUGUGGAAAUGGUGCUACUUGUUUUCCAAAAUCCAGUCAAGAUGCUGUUUGCCUCUGUCCUUAUGGAAGGGCUGGAAUCCUCUGCAAUGAUGCUAUCAAUAUUAGCCAUCCCAGCUUCAGUGGCAUGGAUGCUUUUGGCUAUACUUCAUUUCUAGCCUAUUCUGCAAUCCCAAAUAUCAGCUUCUACUAUGAAUUUCACCUAAAAUUUCUAUUGGCAAAUCACCACUCAGCAUUACAAGAUAACCUGAUAUUUUUCACUGGACACAAGGGGCAGGGUUUGAAUGGAGAUGACUUCUUGGUGCUAGGCUUACGCAAUGGCAGGGUAGUAUACAGCUACAACCUGGGUUCUGGCACUGCCACUAUCAUUAGUAAACCACUCAACCUGACACUCACUGUUCAUGUGAUACAUCUGGGCAGAUCUCUCCGUAAAGGCUGGUUGAAGGUGGAUAAUCAGAAGAAUAAAACUGUCACUUCUCCAGGGAGAUUGGUUGGACUCAAUGUCUUCAGUCAAUUUUAUGUAGGGGGCUACAGUGAAUACACUCCAGAAUUCUUACCAAAUGGAUCCAGGUUUAAAGAUGGCUUUCAAGAUAAAGAGGAAUAUACUUAUGCUGGAAAAACAAAUCUUACUGUUUGA